CAAAAAAACUCGUGUUUUUUGAAAUAACAACAUCUUCCUGUGUUCUCCUCCAAGAGCUUUGUGGCUCACCAUCCUCCAUCUUCUUUCUCAAUAGAGCAGUACGUAUCCCGAUCCACAAUGUCCACAGGCCGAGCUACGUUCCGGAACGUUCACUUUUACAAUGCGUUGACAGGGGAUUGCCUUGGAGGAUUUUACCAGAAAGGAUCUCUCACUGAAGAAAGCAUGAUUGGGAUUCUUACCAACAUACUUUUAAUUGUGGAACAACCUUUUACUGUCAAGCACAGAAUGUCGGAUCGGAUCAUUACUCCUUCAAAAGACCCGGUUGAGCUUGGAGAUUAUGACAUCUCCUCCACAGGACCCCUUCAUCUGAACGAUGAGCCAUGCGUGGCGCGACUCAUCACCUACUCUUCCUCAGGCCAAGAGGAUCAAUUCCGCAGCGGGGUCCGUGCGAGAGAUCGGAAAUGCGUUAUAUCUGGACGAGUCAACAAUCUAAUCCAAUUGAACAUGUGGCCAGCAUUUCAUGCUGCGCAUGUAUUUCCACUAGAAUGUGGGAAUCUCUGGUGUGAAUUCAACUAUGGGCGUUGGGUAACAAACAUGGAUGAUGCUGUGGGCAUAUCCAAAAUCAACUCAACUCAGAAUGGUCUACUCAUGGACGCGUCUUUGCACAAUCUUUUCGACCAGUAUCUCUUCUCUAUAAACCCAGAUGAUGGCUACAAAAUCAUCUCAUUCUUCCCUGACGACAUGACCAUUGAUGGAAGAAUCCUGGAUCCCGUCUGCCGCGAUCCAACCGACCCUAAUCAUGUAUCAGAUGAGCUCCUCCGAUGGCAUUUUCGACAAUCCGUGCUUGCCAAUAUGCGAGGGGCAGGAGAGCCUGUCUUUGAGUCUGACUUCCCCCCGGGAACGGAUAAGAUGGCAGUCCUUCGUGAGGAGCUGUAUGGAAAAGAGAGGUUCGAGAUGGAAAUUGAGUCGCGACUACGAUCCGUGGGCUAGAGGCGCCUGACCAACAUUCCAGCGAAUAUUCAACGGAUUGUCUCGUUCGUGGAUCCCAUUCGGUCACAGCGCUCGGAUUGUGGAUGCUAUUAUCCGGCACAAGACAUAGGCGAUGAGUCGUUUUCAGGGUUAUACACCUUUACAUUUUCCGUGAAUAUCUUGUAAACCGGGUGGUAGACAAUUUAUUUCUCAACCAUGGAAGCAACCGCUAUCUCUACGCCAGCGAGUUCUCCAUCGAUAUCGCCCGGCUUUCCAUUAUGUCCUACACAAGUUGCAACAAUGCUCUGCAGAGAAGGUAUAAGGACUAUGACAGAAAUUGAGGGCAGAAUGAGACCGUUCCAAGCAGUACAAAAAGAGAAUUGACAUGUGGUUAGCUGUAAGAGGUUAGGCCCUCUAUCAGUUUCUCAGGCGUUGCCCUCGACAUCCGCGGAGUACAUCCGCCAAGUCGUCCACCAAGUUGUCCGAAGGAUAGUUUAUCCGUUAUCACAUGACCUAGAACUGCGCUGGUGUUUUUAUUUACAUCUUUUAUCCUUCGUUCUUUUCUCCUUCUUCAACGUUUCCUCUUUGUACAUAAGGAAUAUACUAGCUAUUUGUUAUACGCU